CGACUGUCAGUUUUAUUCUCGUCUUCGAUGCUUAUUAAAUGAUUGAGUUUUGAUUGUUCAAAUGGCCCACGAAAUUUGCCAAAGCUUGACGUGCUCAGCCGUCUCCGCCUCCUGGAAACUCCUGCAUUUCGUAUCCUGCGGCACAGUCGACAGAAAUUCACAGAAUAUUGCAUAAGAAACCUCAUUUAAUCAACGAAACUGAAACUUGUAGGGCCACCAAAUUGGAACCUCGACUUUGUAUUUAUUCGCGGCUCUCACGGCAAUUAACCGGCCAAUCGCCGUCGAUUCCCCACAUUUCGCCAAUUGAGCCAUUGAUUUUCAAUAACUAACAAACCCGAAACCAAACGACUUUGCCUGCGCAUCCCAUCGUACAGCUACAGUGGCCUGGAUCGAGGAAUCUAAUCGCCGCAGGGAUCAUAAAUUAAUUCGAAGAGUACACUCCGAGUCCGAAUAUGAGCAAGAACCAUAAAACACGAGGAGCUGGUGGCCCCACGAAUCCGGCGGGGCCAGUCUACGGCGUGAUCUCGACGUUGGACGACGCCGCUCCGAAUCCCGCGGAUUUCGCUAGAUUCCCUUCGCCUGAGGUCAAGAAAGGUGAACUGAGUUUGUUCCUUAGCUGGGACAGCCCCAAAAAGAAUAUGGAGAUAAGCUCGAAACUGAGUAACCGCAGCUGGAUCGUCGACAUGCUGGCUGUUUUCUUCGGCAUCGGUACCUGGCUUGGCGUCAAUGGCACCUUCAUCCAACUGCCUUUGCUGGUGAACGAGGCACCGGAAGGUUGGAGUCUGCCCUCCUAUCUCAGCGUGAUGGUGCAGAUUGGCAAUCUAGGCCCCCUGCUAUACACGGCCAUCCAGAAGUAUUCCCCCAAGAAGCUAAACGACGGCUGGACUAUCCACGGAGUGCUCCUGGUGGGUGCGAUCUCUUGCCUGUUGACGGCUUUCUUCUACAACCGAACUGCUUUAGUCGCUGGCACGGAUCACAGUCUGGCCCUUUUUGUGUUAACCUGUUUCACGGCACUAAAUGCCUGCACCAGCUCAGUGCUCUUUAUGCCCUACAUGGGUCGCUUCAAGGAGCAGUACAUGGUCACCUACUUCAUUGGCGAAGGACUGAGCGGUCUGCUGCCCAGCGUGACCGCUUUGAUCCAAGGAAUCGGAGAGAGCGGCAACUGUGUCCUAGUCAAUGUAACCGAAACUGGACAGGAGAUCUACGAACUGCAGAAGACACCGCCUCGAUUCGACACCCGUGUCUUCUUCCUCAUCCUCUUCGCGCUCAUGGUGUUUGCCUAUGUGGGGUACGCUCUCCUGAACUCCCUUCCACUGGCCAGGAGGGAGUACGCCCAGGUGACUGUUAGCGAGGGCAACAAGUACGUUUACGGAGAGGCGGAUAGUCAGCCAAAAACGGAAAAGAUCACCAAGGGUCAGUACACCUACCUGCUCCUGCUGAUUGGAGUCAUCUCUCUGUUCAGCAACGGAAUGUUUGGCAGCAUCCAGUCCUACUCCAGUGCCCCCUACGGAUCCCAGGCAUAUCACCUGGCGGCCACACUCAGUGUGAUUGCCAAUCCGGUGGCCUGUUUCAUGGCCAUGUUUCUGCAUUUCACAUCGCUGCGGAUCAUCACCGUGCUCUCUAUCCUGGCGGGUCUGCUGACAAGCUACGUUUUUACAACGGCCGCCUUGAGCCCCUUGCCGCCACUUCACGAUCAGACCACGGGAGCCGUGCUGGUGGUCACUGCCUGGACCUUGCUGGUGGGGAUCGUAAGCUACACUAAGCUGGGAAUCACCACCGUGAUGCGAGCACAGGGCGGGCAGUCGCUGGUCUGGGUGGGGGCUAUCACGCAGCUGGGGUCUGCAAUCGGAGCGGUGGCCAUCUUCUUCGCCAUCAACUACUCGGAUCUGUUCCAGGCCGCGGAGACAGGCUGCUGACCCGCUUGGGAGUUCAACAGAACCAGAAUAUUCAGGAAUGCAUCGCGAUUUUGUAGAUGAUUUUACUGUAGUUUAGUGUGAUAUUUUCGUAUUUGUAUUUCCACCUCAAUGGUCACAAUGAAGACAAUACCUAAUUACCUGAACGGCGUUUCGAUGUUUUAAACAUUCAAAGGUAAUAUCAAUAACACUCGAACGGAGUUCCUAAUUUGUAGGACAAUACGGAAUGCUUAUUGUUCCAAAAUAAUAAAGCCUUUAUACAACUUUAAAA